CAGCAGUUCCAGAAUACCGCUCAGUGUUUGAGUACUGUCUUCAAGACUUUGCUCUACAGGAGCUCAGAGAAGUUACUGGUGUCCAUGAGCCUCCUGAACACACCCAGAAUGCAUCACACGGCCAUGGAGUGGCUGUAUGCCCCAAGGAGGAUCUCCAGGAUGACACACAGCCAGAGAGAGAGAGCAGCCUGGGGAGAGAUGUGUCUGACAGGAUGGUGUGCUCGGCCUGCCAGUGCCCCAUUCGACACCCGGGAGGAGCAGAUGGAGCACUACAAGCUGGACUGGCACCGUUUCAACCUGAGGCAGAGACUAGUUGGGCGAACACCAGCCACAGUGGAGGAGUUUGAGAGGAAGACCGGUGUAGGAGACAUGUCUAGCAUCUCAGGUUCUGACUCGGAGCAGGAGGAGCCAGACGGUGACUGGGCUGUGGGCAACGCUGAGGCUGGUCCUCUACAGAAGGAUGACAGUGUCCUAGAAGAGGAAUCCUUCGGUCGCCUCUCCAACAGGGUCGUGUUCCAGAACUCUCAGGGCCAGUACCUGGCUGUCUACCGUUGUAUUCUGCAGAGCAAGUCUGCCAUAAAGGAAGACCUGGUGGCCUCUCUACAGUUUCCGUCUUCCAUAAAGGAAGACCUGGUGGCCUCUCUACAGAGUCUCAAUAACAAGACUAUGUGGGUCAUUCUGAUGGCAGGUGGUGGACACUUCGCAGGAGCUGUGUUUCAAGGGAGAGACGUGUUGCAGCACAAGACGUUCCAUCGGUACACUGUGAGAGCCAAGCGGGGGACAAGCCAGGGUCUGAGAGACGCUAAGAGCAGCAGUCACGCCCCUAAAUCAGCUGGAGCUGCCCUGAGGAGAUACAACGAGGCUGCACUAGUCAAGGAGAUCCAGGACCUACUGGAGAGCUGGUCUGACCACCUGACUGAAGCCAGUGCCAUCUUCCUGCGUGCCCCCAGUUAUAAUAAAAGCAUGUUCUUGUGGGGUAAAGGCGCUCCGCUGGCCAAGAAGGACCCUCGGAUCAGAACACUACCCUUCCCCACACGUAGAGCCACCUUCAGAGAGGUUAAGAGAGUACAUGAUGUCCUCUCCACUCUAAAUGUAUAUGGGAAAGACACUGAAGUCUCCGACAUCUUGAGUCCCUCCACCAAAGUAUGGAAGAAGGCACGAACGCCCGUGGCUCAGCCAGAACCUCACCAAGAGACAACAGCACCCCUAGUGGAGGAGGAGGGGAGUUCAGGAGAGGAGCUUGAGCUGGAGACGGUGGAGGUGACUCUGGGAACCCUGGACCUCCGGGAGCAUGAGAUCUACCCCGCCAGGAGGAGAAAGAGGAAGGAGGGUCGCAGAACAGAGGACAGAGGUUCAGGUCUAAGUAACCGGGAAGCUGCUGCUGCUUCUGAAGACACCAACCAGGAGAGAGGAGGAGAGAGAAACAGGGGAGGGGGGAAACCCAGGGGAAAGAAGACAGCACAACAUGAAGAUGAGGAGCCUGAUGAGUCCUGGGACUAUGGGCUGAGGGAUGCACUCUACACCGCCUGUAAGACUGGAGACCUGGACACCCUCAUCAGCCUGCUACCAGUGAGGAGGGGAGAGCAGGGUGGAGGCAAGGAGGAGGACCAGGGAGACCAGGCUGGACAGAGGGAGGACCAGGGAGACCAGGCUGGACACAGGGAGGACCAGGGAGACCAGGCUGGACACAGGGAGGACCAGGAUGGACAGAGGGAGGACCGGGGAGACCAGGCUGGACAGAGGGAGGACCAGGCUGGACAGAGGGAGGACCAGGGAGACCAGGCUGGACAGAGGGAGGACCAGGAUGGACAGAGGGAGGACCAGGGAGACCAGGGAGAGCAGGGUGCAAAGCAAGAGGGAGAGGAGAAGGAGAAGAGCUGCUCUUCCCAGGACCCUGCAGCCCUGAGUCCACUAGCCCUACUCAACCAGCCCAUAGACUCCUCCGGCUUCACUCUGCUCCAUGUGGCCUCAGCAGCGGGACAGAAAGGAGUGGUCCAGCUGCUGCUGGGUGCAGGCAGCAACCCGGCAUGCAAAGACAAGAAAGGCCAGACUCCCUACAUCGUUGCUCCUGACAAGGACACCAGAAACAUGUUUAGAAAGUACAUGGCUGAUCACCCCGACAAAUACAACUACAGCAAGGCUCAGGUUCCCGGGCCGCUGACAGCAGAGUUGGAGUCCCAGAAGACGGAGAAGAAAAAGGCCCAGAAAGCAGCAAAGAAAAAGAGGGAGAAAGAGCAGAAGGAGGAGAGGAGACGACUAGAGAUGGAGGUCGAGGAGAAGAAAAGAUUUGCCUCCUUAAGCGAUCGAGAGAAGAGAGCACUGGCUGCAGAGAAGAGGCUGGCAGACCAUAAGGCAUCAACAGGGGGAGACCUUUCAAACUCCAGGCGGUGUUGGCAGUGUGGGGAGUCCCUGGUGGGAAAGGUCCCGUUUCAAUACCUGGACUUCAGCUUCUGCACCCCUCGCUGUGUCCAGGAGCACCGCAAGGCUAAUGUGGCUAACUGGAGCAAAGCAGGAAACUAAAACACCCGACAAUAACAUUGCUACUUACAGGUCCUGACAUAUGACCAUAACAGCCUCAGCCUAACCUUAAACUCUGCUGUGUCCAGGAGCACCGCAAGGCUAAUGUGGCUAACUGGAGCUAAGCAGACAGGAGAGAGCAUUGAGUAAAGGAGGAAACUGACUUUCCACCACAAAAACCCACGGACCAGUCAAAGGAGGCAGAGCUGAUGGCUCCUCUAGGUCUGAACCGGGUCAACUGGUGUCAAAUUAAAUAAUAAUAAACGAUAUUAAUUCAACUGUACAUGUGAUGAAAUGCUGUUUAUUAAUGUACAGUGGACACACUACGUUUUUUAAGAAAAUGAUUUAUUAAAAAGGUAUCUAGUAAAGUGCAAACAGAGGCAGCAUUUGACAGAAGCAUCAUAUUUACAGCAUCUCAUGUUAUUAAAUCAUGUCAAAACAA